AUGCCAAUGGAACUUCUUCUGCUUCUUUGCACACUCAGCUUUUUCACCAUCAAAACUGCUGAAUCCACCCUCACCAUGAGCAUGCUUUACUGCUCAAACUCAAGCACCUUCACUUCCAAUAGCACCUACCAAGCCAAUCUCCGUCAUGUUCUCGAUGAUCUCGUCUCUGAUUCGUACGCCGAUAAAGGGUUCUUCUCCACUUCAAGGGGAGCGAGCUUGAGUGAGGCCGUCUAUGGGAGCUUUAUGUGCAAAGGUGAUGUCUCGAAGAAAGAGUGCGCGGAAUGCGUCAAGGACGCGAGCCUCGAGAUAACCCGCCUGUGCCACAUGACCAAAGUCUCCGUCCUGUGGUACGAUCAGUGCAUGUUGCGCUGCUCUGACGCGAAUUUCUCCUCGACUGUGGAGAUGGAACCUCAGUUGGAUGGAUACAAUGGAGAGAACAUGACAAAGCUGGAUGAAUUCAUGAAGCUACUGAACAAGACGAUGGUUCACGUGGCUGGAAAGGCUUCUCAUCAUCCCAUGAUGUAUGGUCAUCGAGAAGCGGAGUUCACAUGGGAUAUAAAGUCGUACACGUUCGCACAGUGUGUGCCUUAUCUUUCCCCAAACGAUUGCUGGGAGUGCCUUCACAACGCCACAACGAGCAUCUUAAGCCUCCAAAAGGGGAGGAUCGGGGGCAGAGUGUUGCCUCUGAGCUGCUUUGUCAUGUUCGAGAUUUACCCGUUUUACAGGAGCAGCUCUCAAGGGAAAGUGCUCUUUCCGUUGAAAAUAUCUGCUGCAAUCCUCACCGCAGCCAUAGGAUUGAUGCUACCUUUUUACAUGAUAGUCCGGCAUUUACUAAGAGGAGGAAGAAGAGGAAGAAUAGUUGUAAGAAGGAACAGCGAAAGUUGCAUAGAAGAAUAUCCGAACGGUAGGAGGCAAAUUUCUGAACUCCAUUCCCUGCAAUUUGAUCUGCAAACAAUAGAGGCCGCCACAAGUAAGUUCUCGAAGUACAAUAAGUUAGGGGAAGGUGGAUUCGGACCGGUUUACAAGGGUACACUACCUGGCGGUCAAGAAAUUGCAGCAAAGAGGCUUUCUAGGAGCUCUGGACAAGGAGUCGAGGAAUUCAAGACCGAGGUUGAAAUAGUAGCCAAGCUUCAACACAGAAACCUGGUGAGGCUCCUGGGAUUCUCCGUGGAAAGAGAGGAAACAAUACUGGUCUAUGCAUGUGUGCCCAACGGCAGCCUCGACCGCUUGUUUUUUGAUCCCAGGCUCAGAGGACAACUGGAUUGGUCGGUACGUUACAAGGUCAUGGUAGGGGUGGCGCGCGGAUUGCUGUACCUUCAUGAAGAUUCUCGGCUUGGAAUUAUUCAUCGUGAUCUCAAAGCCAGCAAUAUUCUGCUAGACACUGAAAUGAACCCAAAAAUCUCAGAGUUUGGUGCAGCCCGGAUCUUCGGUUCUGAUCAGACUCAAGGAAGCACAAACAGAAUCGUCGGAACACAUGGCUACAUGUCUCCUGAGUAUCUGAUGUUCGGACACUUCUCCGUAAAAUCUGACCUCUUCAGCUACGGUGUACUAAUGCUGGAGAUUACGACUGGCAAAAAGAGCACCAAUUCUUCGCAUUGGACUGCGGUGAGGGCCUGCUAG